AUGUUUCAUUUCUUCCUCUAUAAAACAAUCUCCUACUCGAUUCAAUGCGAAUCAGAAUUGAAACAUGCAGAUCCAGUUCCAAAGCACAAGCUCAUUGCUCUAACUUUAGUAACAAGACACGGAAUGAGAACGACCAUGGAAGAAUGGCUUGAUCCAGAGAAGGCCGGAUUCUGGCAAUGCCAAUCGGAGCAUUCAUACUCUCCAAGAAUUACCUCAUUGAAGGGAAAUGGUUUCAGAAGAAGAUUCUUAAACUCAUUAAACGACGAUUCUCUUUCUUUCCAACCUAGCUGCCAUGGUGGUGAACUUACACUUUCAGGCAUGCGUCAACAUGCUGCUCUUGGCAAAUUUUACAGAAAUUAUUUAGUUAAAGAACUCAAAUUCCUUCCAAAUCGUUUGGACAAAGAACUUGUUGGAUUAAGAUCAUCAAAGAUUGAUAGGUGCAUUAAAUCUCAGCAAUCUUUCAUGAGCGAAUUUUAUCCACCAGCAAAACCAGGAGAAGAGUUGGAUAUUAUCACAGGAACACCAUACCACGAGCCUCUAUACCCAGAUUACGGCCAAUGCACUUAUCUCUCAGAGCAAUGGGCUAAAUUUAUCAAAGAACCCGAAUUUGCCAAGAGAAGAGAGCAGGCAGAGAGAAUUUACGGUAGUAUCUUCGAUAAACUAAAUAUUACUAAGGAUGGCAUCAACUGGAUGUUCAUUGGUGACUGGUUAUACUCAUAUUAUUGCAAUGACCAAGAUUUACCUGAUUAUGUUACAGAUAAAAUGGUUGAUCAAGCCCUACUUGAUGUCGCAUGGUAUUCUUACGGUUUCUUCGAUUAUACGCCAGGAGCAAAUGGAGCUUCAAUUUGGAGAGUUGCCUUAAGAGAUUUCGAUGCUCUCCUCAAUGAAAAGACAAAGAAGAAGUUCUGGAUGUACAGCGCCCAUGACUCUACAAUCGCUGCUGUUUUGAAUUCAUUCGGAAUUUCAGGAAAAUACCUUCCACCUUACAGAUCUCACUUGGCCAUAGAAUUGUGGCAGAAGGGAGAUAAUGAGCCAUAUCUCCGUCUCGUUUUAAACGGCGACGUUGUUAAGAUACCGGCUAAAGAUGCAGAAUUAAUCAAAUAUUCCGAGGCAAAGGAGCUUCUCAAGCCAAGUGUUGAGAAGUACUGCGUCGAGGAAUUACCAUAA